CGUGCGAGUCGGCGGGGCUCAGUUAUACCGGCCACCCGAAGUGCCGAGUGCGAGAGAAGUAGGAGGCAAGAGGCAGGAGAGACUCAAGGGUAUCGCGGCGUGGGGUGUGCGACUCGCGUACGAAAGCCAAAAGGCCAACUACAGACCGAAGUUCAACACCGGGAAAUGCUCACCGUCAACCUGAGCCUCCAUCGGCUGGUCCAUCGGUGAUGCAGAAGCCCGAGGACGGCGGAUGGACGUUAACGCGUUCCAAUGCGGUUAUCAGUGCCAUAUUAACGGGGGGAUCACCGUCUCGACAGCGAAAUAGCUGGAGCGCGACGCCGCUCGUUGCCAUGGAUCCACAAGGAGGGAGAUACGCGUGCCAUUUGACAGGAACCGAUUGUGAUAGCACGACAUGUCCCUCAGGAACGGGGAUCCACCGUCGCUGAAUUUCCUCGUAUUGAUCUUGCUUGUAUCUGGAAUUGGCAUGGGAUGUAGUUGACGAUAUUUCGAGUGCACGGAAGCGAGAGGAGAGUCGCGGAGAGGAAAAACGUACGUUCCGACGACAUGAACGUAACAACAACGGAGAGCCUCCACCGUCACAGCAACGAGAGCCUUAAUUCGACGUUCGAGACCGCAUUGGAGGGUGUCGAUCCAAACGUUGGGUUAACGACGCGGUACACCGUCUUCGAGAUCGUCCUCAUCACCAUAGUCGCUGUGUGCCUCAGCCUGGCCACCGUAAUCGGCAAUAGCAUGGUCAUGAUAUCGUUCAAGAUAGACAAACGGCUUCAGACGAUAUCGAACUACUUCCUCUUCAGCCUGGCCGUCGCCGAUCUCGCAAUCGGCCUCAUAUCCAUGCCCCUUUUCACAGUCUCCACCCUCCUCGGUUACUGGCCCCUGGGACCCCAUAUUUGCGACACAUGGCUCGCACUAGACUACCUGGCGAGCAACGCUUCGGUUCUCAACCUCCUCAUCAUCAGCUUCGACAGGUACUUCUCGGUCACCAGGCCCCUCACGUACAGGGCAAAGCGAACCACCUUCAGAGCUGGUAUAAUGAUUGCUUGCGCUUGGGGAAUAUCCAUACUGCUUUGGCCACCGUGGAUUUACGCUUGGCCCUAUAUCGAGGGCGAACGUACAGUGCCCGACAAUGCCUGCUACAUACAGUUCAUCGAAACGAAUCACUACAUUACUUUUGGCACGGCAAUCGCAGCGUUUUAUGUACCUGUUAGCGUAAUGUGUUUCCUUUAUUGGAGAAUAUGGAGGGAAACUGAAAAGCGUAAAAAGGAUCUGCCAAAUUUGCAAGCCGGAAAGAAGGACGCUAGCAAACGCAGCAACUCGAGGUACAUGCAUAGCGACGAGGCUUUGGACUUGGACGAAUGGAAACGGCAACGAAGCGAGUCCAGCGUCGGGGCCGACGAAAUCAAUACAACGUACAUUACGUCGUCUUGUAUCGAUGGUCGUUAUUCCGAAUAUAAAAUCAAACAUCGGCCAUUUUCUUGGAUCUGGCUCAAGUCUUGGUGCAUCGCGUGGUGGCACAGCGGACGCGAAGACGACGACGACGAUGACGAAGUCGGGGGUCCGGAAAGCAGCAGGACGGGAGUUGGCUGGGAUGAAACCCUGACCCCUAUAUCGGCGGAGACGCCUCUUCCGAGCAACAUGUCUCGAUGUCCUUCUCUGAGCGUCAUUCAAUCCACCGGAAUUUCAAUCGGUCGCAAUAAUUCCCCGGCCUGCACGAUAUGCCCGAGCUACGGUGGGGUAACGGAAAAAGGUCGGCUCACCACCAAGAGUACUUCCAAUGAUUCGGUGUACACGAUACUAAUAAGACUACCUACCGCAGAUGGAAACGGCCAAGCCUAUGGUAGCGAUGUUCCUAGCAUUAAAAUGUACUCAGACGACAUGGUGGGUCUACGGAUAAAUCACGCGGUGGAGAACUUUGAUGAAAACUACAAGUACUCGCUGCGUGGUCACGGCGAAUGUCACGGUUUCACAGGACCCGCAGCACCGGCACUGAGACGACCUUCGCACAUAUCUGAAAUGAGGACGCCACCGUUGAACGACAAGAUAGUACCGAAGCAGGCGUAUGAACUAUCGACUCUGACGGGAACUCAGGUGAUGUUACUAGUGGCCAGCGAGACGGGUCAUGUCUAUACAUUUGCGACGAGAAAGUUGCAGCCGAUGAUAACUAGCGAGGCUGGUAAAGCUCUGAUUCAGACGUGCCUGAAUAGCCCGGACCCUCCAUCAUCCGGAUCGACCGGGGACCAGCGGAUGUCUGCUACCGGCUUCGAGGAGACUGAACUGACCUACAACAUUGCUGAUGAGGAGCAGAAAGACGACGUCGCUUCACCGAGGUCCGACGUUUGCGGAAACGACAGCGACGUGGAUUCGAGCGACGGGGAAUCCCCUGGGGUUGCCAAGGAACAGGGCAAGAAUCAUGCUGGUAGCAUGUCGCCCUUUGCAUCCGGAAUGAUUUAUCCGAUGCCUCAGAAUGUCGUCUACUCUCCGAGCCCCGGCGUUCUCCUCAGUAUCGGGCAAAAUGGACAACCGGUGCAAAUACCCCAGGAUGCAGGCGUUUCGUCGACGGGUUCUGUGCAGAACAGUCAACAGUUCAUCACAAUACCUUUGAGCGUCGCGAUGACAGCAGCAGGUCUCUCAGUGCCGAUAUCAUCGAAAGUUUUGUCGCUACCGGAUUCGACGUCCUCAUCGUCACCGCAUUCUGACCUACCUUCGGAUCUCACGAAAAGUCGGAAAUGACCUUUCAGCUGCAUACAAAUCAUAAAAAAAAAAAAAAAUAUAUAUGUUUUUUUAAAAACGCUAGAAGGAGUAAUUGGGGCUCGGUAAUUAAAUACGUGUGUAACAAGCCCUACUGGAGCGCGGAAAACAAAAAUAUACUUUCAUAAUAUACUCGUGUCAAAGCAAUUAUAUUUAUAGAUAAAUAAUAAUUUUAACUAUUAUUAUGAAUCGUACGUUUCUAAUAACUAUAUACAUAUGUAUAUAUUAUAUGUAUACCGAUGUUGUGUUGGUAUUAUUGUUA